GUCUUCGGAAUCGAAUGAAAUAGUACCCAAAGCAAGCUUAUUGAGUACAGAAGACUACAGUCAGUUAAAACCAUCCCAGAUAAAUAUACGAAAUUUAUUUUUCUAUUAUUAGACUUUUUUUUUAUAAACUUGUAGAACAAAAAUGAUCAGUUGGCUGAUUGGUGGCAUUACUACAAUUUUUUUGUACAUUUUAUUUUUUUAUAAAAUUAACUACGUAAAGAAAUUAAAAAAUAUUAAUCAGAGUAGAAUUUACUUGACUGAUCGUGAAAUCAGUGAACUACCGCCGAUUUAUCCAAAUGGAUGGUAUGCUCUGUUGGAAAGCUCAGAGUUAGCAAAAAGUCAAGUUAAGCAUGUGAGUGCUCUUGGUGAAAAUUUCGCAGUAUUUAGAACAGAAAAAGGCGAUGUCAGUGUAAUUGAUGCUUACUGUCCACAUUUGGGAGCUAAUUUAGCAAAAGGAGGAAGGGUCAUUAAUGACUGUUUAGAAUGUCCGUUUCAUAAUUGGACAUUCAGCGGUGAUGGAAAAUGUCAAAGUAUUCCUUACUCUAAAACUGAUCCCUCGAAAAUAAAAAUGAAAUCAUGGAUCUGUCGUGAGGUUAAUAAACUAAUAUUUGUAUGGUAUCACGCGGAAUUAGCUGAUCCUGAGUAUGAAAUAGAAUCAAUACCACAAAUCGAAGAUGGAUCUUGGCAGUGUCAUGGACGAAAUGAAUUCCAUGUUACUUGUCACAUUCAAGAUUUAUCUGAAAAUGGUGCAGACUGGGCACAUUUGAGCGUCGUCCAUGGACCCACAAAAUUUAUGGGAAUGUUGCCAAGAAGUAUUGUUCAUCAUUCGUGGACUGGAGUUGGUUGGCAAUCUAAUGCCCCAUCAGAUUAUAAUGACGAACCUGAUCAUAAUGAUAAUUAUGAAGGCAUAUUAGAAAAUGGCAAAGUUCGCGUUAGAAACAAUAAGAUUAAAAAACACUGUGGGACAAUAAACUUACAUCAUAAAUUGUUGAUUUUGAAUAAAUUCAAAAUUUUAAAUUUGAACGUUCACGGUCAACAAGUAGGUCCGGGUUAUGUAGAAUUAUUUAUGGAUACUGCAUUUGGUCCGGUUUGCGUUAUUCACAUUGUUGUCCCAUUGGGGCCAUUUUUGCAACGCACAAUUCAUUUGAUUUAUUCAUCAACUUUAAUCAGCCCUUAUACAAAAAUGAUAUUCAUUGGUGAGUGUGCUAUGUUUGAACGUGAUGUUGAAGUUUGGAAUUAUAAAAAAUUUAUAAAAAACGCUAAGCUGGUUAAUGAAGAUCGUAGCAUUGCAGUUUAUAGACGGUGGUAUAAACAAUUUUAUACGGCCCAUAGUCCCCUUUAUCAGUCUGCUCGAUCGAUUGAAUGGUAACAAAGAUUACUAUUACUAUUAACUUUUUUUUCUCUGUCUUAUUUACUGUCCGAGGAGUGUAUACUAUUUUUCUCCUCGACGAAGGCGGAAAGCGGCAACUUCGUUUUGCACAAUGGGACGAAGUUGACGCUUUCCGCCCGGAGGCGAGAAAAAUAAUAUUACAUUUUUUUAUGGAUUUUCAAUAAAUUAAAAGUAAUGAGUAAUAAUUAUCAUUAACAAUACUGUUGAUACUACAGAUCAUUCCAGUUGACCCUGAGAAAAUUAAUAACAAAAAUAAUUAUUAUGUUUUUAGAAUCAUCAUUAAUUAAUUAACAAUUAGACAUAGUAAUAUCUAACCAGGUAAUAUCGAGCUAUUAACGAAUGAGUAUAUUUUGUAAUUACUAAUCUGAUAAUAAAUUUUCAAUUUAUUAUUCAU